CACGUGACCCAGAGGAGAGGGCUCAAGGUAAACACACAACUUGAUACAGUGCUCGGUCCGUUUCCAUUGCGUUUGAAUGGAUAUUUGGUUUGUAUCUGCCCGGAAACUGUGACCCUGCAAGACGAGAGGGCAAUGUUAAAGUGACUCAUCACGUCAGAGACAACUUUCAUCCCGCCGCCUUUUUAAACUAAGAGACGGGAGCAUGUUCCAGCGGCAUUACCCGACGAGAGCCUUGUUUCUUCUCCGCGUCCGGUUUCACACACCACGUGUGGCAAUGUCGUCGACACCGAAGCUCUCGGGAGAAGAAGAAGAAGAAGGAAGCCCGAAGCGACUGAGCAGCAGCUCGUCGCAGUUCGACGCGGACCUCAGUGACCCGGCGACGAGCAGGAAGUUCACCCGGGAAGAGGAGGCGGUGCACACCGCCCACAGAGAGGCGUGCGAGGCAAAGAAGCAGAUGUAUGUCGACCCUUCCAGUGGGUACAAGGUGUUCACGGAGUAUGCCCACCUUCAGAGAGGAAAAUGCUGUGGCAGCGCCUGCAGACAUUGUCCCUAUGGCCAAGUCAACGUGAAGGACCCUGCGACGAAGAAACGGUUUAACUCUUUAUUUUAUGUAUAGGGCCGAACAGACUCGGAGUGUGAGACCCUGUUUAGAAUGGAGCGCAUGUUGCUCGUCUUCUGCCUGCCGUUAUUUUGACUACUCGAGUCAUUUUUUAUCAGUGUACUAAAUGAUGAAAUAUGGGUAGUGACUGUGCAAUACUUACCUCUUAUGAAUCACAACUAUUCUCAAGAUUAUUUCCAUUCUCAUAAGACGAGGAUGGAGGAGGAUGGAUUUGUUCUAUGGACGCUCAUGUAAAAUAGCCUUUUAUCUCAAUCUUUGUUUUGUUAUUCUUUUCGUCUGUGCUUUGUUUCUCGGAUGUCCAGUGUUACGCCACAAGCUUAAUUUUACGUUUCUCUCAACAGUAUUGAAUAUUAAGCGGUGCUCUGCUCGUCUGAUGCAUUUACAAGGGUGGUGGGAGUAUGGAGAUGAAAACUGAAAGAGCAUUUAAGAUCUUUGCCCUCAAGAUAAAGGGCAUUUAAGCGAAAGUAAGUGUAGAUAGUCAGACGGAGUCUUGUGCUCUUUUGCUUUGCAUCUCUUGUUAUUUUUUCUCCCAAAUGUACAACCACAUGAAUAUUUGCAUCAUUUACACUCCACAAGUGCUCGACUGAACUGUCUACCUCUGACUGAAAUACUGUGUUGUUAAAAAUAGGCAGGGGCCAAGGGUCGGCCCUCACACUUGGCUGUGCUGCUUUUACACCACUUGAUGGAAUCAGGCUGUUAACAAACAUGCCAUGGACAUCAACAGCAGCCCUCCCCACCGGACUCGCAGCUCAGCCUCCUGGCAACACUUGGCUACAGCGCAGCUCCCCGCAGCUGCUCCCCUGAGCUGAAGCCUAAUGAACUCCUGGGCCGUCCUAUCCCAGCUCUGCAAUGGAUCGGCUCAUGUUGAGGAGCAUGCUUACACGCACACAUGCAUAGGCAGACCAACUCCAUCAGAAUACCCCGUGGCUCCUAAUAGGCCAAUAUAGAAUAAAGGUUGCACUAAGCGCAGCACUUCGUAGCCCACAGUAAUAGUACAAGGUGGGGUCAAGCGCUCAUACAGCGCUACCUGUGCGUGCAGGAGAUGUUGAGGGAAGAUGUGCCACUCAAUUCGAGUGCAUGUGGGCAGGCAGCGUGAUGCCUCCAGGCGCUGGCUACAAACCUGCCACACACACUCGCCCGUCUCCGCGUGAUUGGGCAAACAGCGUCGGGAUGAGAGGAUGUGUCUGCCGCAGAAUUCUGUCGCAGCCGCCUACUGGCGCGGCCACAAUUUUUUCCGCGGCAGGUGGGUCCCAAAGGCAAGUGCUUAGUGAUCGGAGCAAAGCCCUGUGAGCGGCUACAAGGAGAUUCAUGAUCCCAACAGUGCUGGGGAGGACAGGUUCUCGGGGACGCGUCGUCAGGCGGGAUGAGAGGCGAAUUUAUUUGGUGUUAUUCUAAACCGAGGCAGCGGAGCGUGCGGCAGCAACAUUUCUACAGCGGGACGGCAAAGGUGUCACACUCAUCAAGUACCUGGGCCCGCUUGCCUGCCGCGGCUCUGCGGGUUUUGCCUAGGGACUUGUCUUGUCACAUUAAAGUAGAUGCAUUGCCAUUCAGGGCCUCGCCAGUCCCGCAGCCUGACCAUGAAAUAGGCCAACUUUCAUGUCUGCCUCAUCCCUCCACGUCGUCUCCCCAAUCCAGUGAUGGCACAAUUUGAAAUGUUUUUUUGUUUUUUUUUCCCUUCCUCCCAUCAUCUUGUAGCCCAAGCAGUUGGUGACUUAGACACAAACAGCACAGCAAUACUUUAAACAGAUUUAUGGAGAGAUUUACCACCAGACUGCGAGGUCAAUCACGAUAUGAUGAAGUAUGUUUUUUUCUUAAGCCUUUUCUUGAUUUGUGUCUCUUUAAAUGUGUGAUUGGUGCAUGGCGAGAAAGCAUUUAAGUAAAAAAAAAAAAAUGGUUCGUACACAAAUGUUUUCAUUACCAAAUAAUGAAUUAUAGCUCAUUUAAUUUAUUUGACAAAUCUUCAAAUAAAUUUUUUUAAAAAUUGAA